CCGAAGAAUUGCACGGAAUUAAGGGUCAGAGUUUAGCAAAGUAUCGGGAGCUAAAGAAUCGAUUAAAAUAAUAUUAAACGAAAGUAUCGACACUUUUUGCGGAAGCCUACCCUAGUGCCAUUUGUAAUUCUAAUUUGAAUUUUGACAUUUGUCAGAAACGCAAAGGCUAAGCUAAAAGCUAUUGGCGUUCAAAGUAUGUCACAAUUUCAGCUAUAAUGGAAAAAAUUCCUGACCAGCUAGGGUACCUCAUAUUAACCGAGGACGGAGCAGUCCUGGAGUCCGGCGGUGAACUUGAAAACGACGAACGAGUGGCCACCAUUAUUACGGACCUAAUCAGCUUAUCAAAUAGCAUUGAUCCUGUGGCUUUUGGCCCUGAUGAGAAAUUCAAGAAAAUAACUAUAACAUAUGAUGAUCACUGGUUUAUUAUAUGCAUAUCUAAUAAGAAGAUAUAUGUUGUAAAAAGAAACAUACCCACAUCUUCUUCUGAAAGUAUUGCUGUGAACGUGUGAGCACUCAAAACAAAAUGGGCAGAAAUUUACUAAUG